AUGACGAGCCCACAGUACGAACUGAACGAUCUCAUGGAGUUGGCCGAAAUCUGCAGUCAAGCCAGGGAAAACUCAGGCCUGGCUGCAGCGGCCGCGUCACCCACAAACGUGGGCCGUGAAAGCACGUACAACAUUCCCAUACACCCUACAAAUGUAGGAGUGCCCAACCCCGCGCACCUCACCAACACACCGGCACAUGUCGGCGAGCUACCGAAUCUAUUCUCGUCACUCGGCGAAAUAUUGGUUCCCUCCGUGCGCGCCGUAAACAUAACGGAUUACGGCGGCGGUUCCCAGAGACCUGUUUCGAACGGCGAAGGAUCUCUCGCCGCCACACGCGUCCCCAGAACGUCGGAAAAUUUCGGCGUGCAUUACCUAGGGCUCAACUCAGACGAGGUUGUACCCACAACAACAGCACGCGCCCCGGGCGCAGCCGCCCCGGCCACCUUGGGCGCGCACCCAGUCUGGCCAAACGGCACAAUUACUUCGGCUCUCGGUCGCGCAGCGAGAUCACCACGCGUCACGGAGCCCGAUAGUGACCCGUUCCCAGUAAACACAGGGACCUCCGCAAUCGGGCCGGACAGUUUCGGAGGUUCCAAUAGCGGAGGAAAACCUGCAGACGCGGCAAAUCCCGUGCACUUUCUGGCGAGCACUUUGCAGCAGGUGUUGCAAACCGCAAUUUCACCCGGGCCUCGUAUCGGAGUCCCGAUACCGACGUACAGUGGCUACGGCGAUCAAAUGAGCGCCAACGUUUUUCUACUGGCGUUACGACAGUACGAGCAAGCGACUGGCAUGCGCGAGAGCGCGGUGUUGGAGAGAGUUCUCCCGGUUGCUCUAGUCGGCCAGGCCGCCCGGUGGUACCGUUUGGUAGGCCACACGGCGAGCACCAUGGACGAGUUUCGUAGGCUGUUCAGAGACCAAUUCCUCCCGUAUGACUACCGACUGCAGAUGCGGAGGGAGUUGGAACUACGCACACAGGCCCCGGACGAAUCGCUGGUGGAAUACGUUCGGGCGAUGCAGGAGCUUUUCGAGUAUGCUGAUCCGAGCGCUUCGAACACGGAGCGAGUGGAGCGGGUAAUUCGACAAAGCCACCCUACCUUUGCACUUUAUCUGCGGAGUUCACGCUGCAGAGACCUGAACGAGCUGGCCGCAGAAUCACGCAGGGUGCAAGCCGAAAUCUCGGCAGCCCGCGCGUACCGACCACCGCCGCCGCCAUCGGAGUCCUUGGAACCAAGCUGCGCUUGGCACGGCAGCGGGCGCACGAACAGCGAGCACGCUGCGAUGCCGGGUCGGUCCGCAGGUGCAACGGCGCCGUUCGAAAUAUCGGACCGCGCCCUCGAUCCCUACGCUUGCGGGUGGAGGACCGCGCAGGCAAUACAGUCAAAAGGCUGGUGCAGCGCACAACAUCACGCCCGAUCAGACGAUUACAGGCCAGUGCCGAAACUAGGCAGAUCCGCUAUAAACGCGAUCACGGAUGGCCGUCCUCAGCCCGAUGCUUGGAGAUCGGCGGAGCAGCCCGGCUUAGCACAACCCACGACGCGGAAUACCGUACGGUGUUUCAACUGCGCCCAGACGGGACACAUCGCGCGUGAGUGCCCUAACCAGCAGGGAAACGAGACGGGCCGCCGGUAACAGUGCCGGCGGCCAAGGCAACGGCCCGCGAGGCAAACACCAUCGCGGCAUCUUCUGUCUUUCGAGUCGGAGCGCAGAACAACGGGAAUGCCCCCUUCAUAGACCUCGCAAUCGCGGGGACUAAGUUCAAAGCAUUACUCGAU